AACGUAUUUUAAAAUAUUUACUGAAAAGAAGAAUCCAAUGCAUUUCACAUAUAAUAUUUUUCUAGAAAAUAUCUUUCUCAUGCAUUAUUACGCGAUAUAUAAAAUUAAAUAAUAUUGCACUCCAAAAUAAUGCAUAUUUAUUUUCAAAGUAGUUAUUUAUAAUCAUUUCUUAGUGAAAAAAAAUACUAUUAUUCGUGUAAUAUGUGCACAUACAUGUAUAAGCAAGACAUUUUUAUCACCAAGAAAUAAUUCUACAAAUAUUUUUCGACGAUUAAAAAAUAAAAUAUUAACUGUGCAUAAUACUUCAUUCCACACGGAUUGUUUUCUCAUCGUGCAAGUAACAGCGUCGGGUAUACAUUACAAUGACAAAGAUUAAUCAACACACACAACUCGCACUCGUAUCGAUCGCACUACCCCUUCACCGUCCGGAAAAUCUUCAACUCCACCUCUUAGGCUAACUAUACUCCUUCAAAAAAAAAAGAGAGUUAGAAAAGCGCGCAAGCGCUGCAUGAGAACGACCUGAUGUUUCCUCCGUCGCGGUAUUAUCGCUCAAUAGUUCGCGGACGUUUGAAUCACAAUCAUGUCACAUUCCUUCCGCGUAUCCUCUACGCGCAACAUCGCGUACCAGCGAGAUAGCGAGUACAGUAUUCAACUGAAUCGCUGGUUCCUGAAACCGAUCGGUGCUUGGCCCGAGACCAACACCGGUGUCACGGACAAGGUGCUAUCGCGCAGUAUCCAGUUCCUCUGUCACUCUUUGAUCGCUUUCACAGUAGUGCCGUGCGUAUUAUACAUCAUGUUCGAGCCAAACGUGUACUUGAAACUGAAAGCUUUCGGCCCAAUGAUACAUUGGCUGAUGGGCGGCGCGAACUAUUGCUCAUUGCUAGUGCGUAGCUACGAGAUACGCAAGUGCGUGGAUCAUAUGUGCGUCGAUUGGCGGUACGUGGGGAAGACGCGUGAUCGGGAAGUGAUGCUACAGAAUGCUAAAUUCGGCCGAUUCGUGUCCGCCUUUUGUGCGGUUUUCAUGCAGGGCGGUGUCUGCUCCUACAGCAUCAUUACCACCCUGACACCGGCGAUCAUUCGGAUCGGAAACGUUACGAUAACGACACACCAGCUUCCAUGUCCGUUCUACAACGAGCUAGUGGACACGAGAUACAGCCCGGCGAACGAGAUUGUGAUCGUCUUACAGCUGUUGUCGACUGUCAUAGUGAAUACCGUCACGGUGGGCGCGUGCAGUCUCGCUGCUGUUUUCGCUAUGCACGCUUGCGGCCAGCUAAAUAUUUUAAUGAUGGAAUUGAAUGAACUUGUCGAUGAGAGCGAGUACAAUGUCACGCGACGAAAAUUAGCUAUUAUUGUGGAGCAUCAUCUCCGUAUACUGAAUUUUGUAUCGCAGAUAGAAAUGAUUAUGCAUCAGAUAUGUCUCGUUGAGUUAUUGGGCUGUACUAUUGAUAUAUGCAUGCUCGGAUAUUACACGAUCACGGAAUGGAAAUUGCAAGAUACCAAGAACUUACUCACGUACUUUACUAUAUUCAUAGCUAUGUCAUGCAACAUUUUUAUAUUUUGUUACAUUGCUGAAAUUCUCACAAAUCAGUGUCGAAAAAUAGGCGAAAUAGCUUAUAUGACGGAGUGGUAUCGAUUACACCAUAAAAUUGCGAUCGACUUAAUUCUAAUAAUUUCGAGAUCGAAUGCCGUUAUUAAGAUAACUGCCGGAAAAAUGAUUCAACUAUCCAUUGCGACUUUUGCAAAUGUGAUGAAAACAGCGUUUGCAUAUGUAAAUAUACUUAGAACGGUAACGACGUAAUAAUAUACGGCAUGAAAAUUCCGGAUAACAAGUAAAAUGUAAAUUUAUUCAAGUUGUUAAUAAUUACCAAUGUAGUGAUAUAGCUGA